AUGAGUAACUCAUUAGGAAAUUAUGAACUUAAAGAUUCACCACGAAGAUCAGGUCCAGGCGAAGGAGGUGUUGCUGUUAUACUUUCAGAUAAAGUAUCUAUGGAUAAACAUAUUAAAGAUACAAGACCAGCAGAACGUAAAAAUUGGAUUUAUCCAAAUACUCAAUAUUUACCAACAGCUUCGAUUAUUCUUGUUUUUUAUGAUGAAGGUUGGAAUGUUCUAUUACGUACGGUACAUUCUGUUAUUAAUACUUCAUCACCUGAACUACUCAAAGAAGUUGUGUUUGUUGAUGAUGCUUCUUUACAAGAUCCAUUGGACAAAUAUGUCAAACGUUGGAAUGGUUUUGUUAAACUUUAUCGUACUGAAAAACAUGUUGGUCUAAUAGAAGCACGUACAACUGGUGCACAAAAAUCCAUGGAAAAUAAAAAUUUGUUUUUGUUUUGGAUUACUAAUUGGCUUUCACCAUUAUUAAUACGUAUUGCACUUAAUCGUAAAGCAUUAGCUGUACCUAUUCUUGAUGGACUUGAAUGGAAAACAUUAGAACAUACAAAUAUAUAUGAAACUCAAGUACCAGAACAAGAAUUAAAAAAAGAAAAUGUUCAUCAUGAAUCUUAUUGGUCAUCAACUCAUGCUGGUGGUUUAUUAGUUAUUGAUCGGCAAUGGUUUUUUGAAUUAGGUGCUUAUGGUCUAGAGUCCUGCGCGGUACUCUAUUAUGGUCCAAGUAUUCGAGUAUGGGGAGCUGAACAAUAUGAAUUAUCAUUUAAAGUUUGGCAAUGUGGUGGAAUUGUUGAAUGGAUACCAUGUUCACAUGUUGCACAUGCUUAUCGUGGUCCACGCGGUCAUCCAUCUUAUAUACCUGGUAUACAUGUCUAUCAAACAUCAAUAAAUCAUUUACGUUUAGCACAUGUAUGGAUGGAUGAAUAUGUUGAAUAUUACUAUAGACGUGAACCAGCUAUACGUACAUUAAAAUAUGGUGAUAUAACAGAAAGAAAAAAACUUCGAGAUAAAUUACAAUGUAGAUCAUUUAAAUGGUUUAUGGAAAAUAUAGCAUAUAAUGCUGUUUGGCGAUUGAAUGAAGGAAGUGAAAUUACAUCUGGUGAACAUUGUUUUAUAUCUGAUUAUGAUAUAAUAAAGAAAAAAUUUUGUUUGGAUGAUAAUGGUCAAUGGAAUCCUGUUGGCGAAUGGCAAUCGAAUAAAAUAUUAUUAAUUGGUGAUUCUCAUUUACAUCAUGUACAAAAACCAAUAACAACUCCAUGUAAAUCUUUUGAAACUCAUAUUGAAUCAAUUGGUGAUUGUACAAUUGAUCGUUUAAUAUCUCUCAUAAAACACGAAAAUUUUAAUAAAUUAUUUUUCGAUCAAAAACAUUUAAUAAUUAUGAUUGGUACAAAUAAUUUAGCACGUGAAAACAUCUUAAUUAACAAUAAAUAA